CACAAAUCCCACAGGACUUCGUGCAUUGAGACUUCCUGUAGUCGAUGUAGCUGAGUGCAGCUUGCAAAUUUAAAUUAUUACAGAUUUUUAACACAAUACACCAUGAAUACGGUUUUAUCGCGAGCAAAUUCCUUGUUCGCGUUUUCUCUGAGUGUAAUGGCCGCUCUUACUUUCGGCUGUUUUGUUACCACAGCGUUCAGAGACAGAAGCGUUCCUGUUAACAUACACGUCUCCAAAGUGCUGCUGAAAAACGUGGAUGACUUCACAGGUCCAAGAGAGAGAAGUGAUCUGGGUUUCCUCACAUUCGACCUGACUGCUGAUCUACAGCCAAUAUUCGACUGGAACGUGAAGCAGCUUUUCCUCUAUCUGUCAGCCGAAUAUUCGACCAGAAGCAACGCCCUAAAUCAGGUGGUUCUGUGGGACAAGAUUGUCCUGAGGGGGGAGAACACCAUACUAGAACUGAAGGACAUGAAGUCCAAAUACUUCUUCUUCGAUGAUGGAAACGGUCUGAGGUCGAACAAGAACGUGACUCUGACUCUCUCCUGGAACGUGGUGCCGAACGCCGGGAUUUUGCCGUUGGUUAUGGGCUCCGGUCACAUCUCUCUGCCUUUCCCCGAAUCGUACGAAACCGCCAAGAGCUACUAAACCGUCCGGAACGUUACUCGUACACGCUGUGCACUGUUGUGGGUUUUAAUAAAAAACAAACAAACAAACAAAUCAAAACCUGUAUAAUGUUUUUCUUUUUAAUUUAGUACAGUUACGUUCCAGUUUAGGAGGAAUGUUGUGCUCGGAUUUCAAUGCAACAGAUUAGCAGUGAUGAUCUGAUAAUAAUAAUCAGAUUACUUAUUGUUGGAUUCAUGAUGUCUAAUAAAAAUAUAGUUUAAUUCA